UUGGUGGCAUGUCCAUAGAAUAAGCCACGUGAAUUUGCCUGCAAGACCGAUAAGAAUAAGCUUAUGAAGUCAAUUUCUAUCUAAUAUAGCAGAAAAUUUAUUAUUCGUGUGUACAAAAAUAUCUCUCACUCAAACAAUAUCAGCACCUCACAAAUAUAUCACUUAGAAAAUUCUCAUAUAUUGAUGGCUUAAUGCUGUAAUUAGUUUCAUCCAAAACUAUCAAUCUAAUCAAUAUACUAAGCAAUCUUUGCUAAAAAUAGUUCUUGCCCUCCAACUGUUUGCUUAAUUGUUACAAUCAACUAUACUUUUCUUUUUCUUUCAUUCUUACCGUAGUUUCUCCUGAACUUGAGAUCAAUCAUGGCUGCAAAACUUGAGGGGGGAGCUUUUCUCUCUUCCUUUGUUAAUGUUGUUUUAAAUAAGUUGUCUUCAAUACUUGAAGAUAACUCAAUCCCGGAAAGAGAGUUGUUUCGAAGGUUGCAGAAAAGUCUCCUUGCUGUUCGACCCGUGCUUGAUGAUGCUGAUCACAAACAGUUCAAAGACCAAGAAGUUAAUAAGUGGCUUGUUAAUCUCCAAGAUGCUCUUUAUAUGGCUGAUGAUUUGGUGGACGAACUCAACACAAAAUCUGCCAUUGCUACUCAAAGGGAUCCAGGUAACUCUUCCUGGCCUCGUUGUGUUGUUGAUUGGUAUUUGGAAGAUAUUGACAUGGAACACAUAGUUUCUAGACUAGAGUCUAUUGUAGAACUGAGAGUUCAUCUUCAUUUAGAAGAGAUUCCUAUGGAGGACAUGUCAUGGAGAGCUGAAUCCACAUCUCUGGCUGAGGGUGAUGUAUAUGGCAGGGACACAGAGAAGGAGGAGAUAAUAGAGAUGUUGCUAGAUGGUACUGGUAACUUGUCUGUGAUCUCUAUAGAAGGUAUGGGUGGAGUUGGAAAAACCACUUUGGCUCAGUUGAUUUACAAUGAUGAGAAAGUGGUGGAGAAAUUUGACAUUAGAGUAUGGGUGUGUGUUGCUACAAAGUUUGAUCCUGUUAAUGUUACAAAGGCUAUAAUAGAGGAAAUAACUUCUUCUUCUUGUUGCAUUGUUAGUUUGAAUUCACUUCAAACUGAAUUGAAGAAAAAGUUGAUGGGAAAUACAUUCUUGGUUGUUUUAGAUGAUGUUUGGAACAAUCAACAAACUUUGUGGGAUAGUUUUGUAAAGCUUUUUCUGUGUGGGAACAAAGGAAGUAAAAUUCUUUUAACAACCCGUAAUGAAAAUGUUGAUUCUGUUGUGUCAACUACUAAUUUACAUUACAAACUAGAUAUAUUGUCUAUAGAAGAUUGUUGGUCAAUGUUUCUGAAACAUUCAUCUCUUUCUACUAAAUGUAGUCAAUAUAGAGCUCUAGAAUCAAUUGGUAGAAAAAUUGUCAAAAAGUGCAAGGGUUUACCUUUGGCUGUGAAAACUCUUGGAGGUUUAUUACGCAAUAAGUAUAAAGAGGAUUGGAAUAUUAUAUUGGAAAGUGAAAUUUGGGAACUUUCGGAAGAUGAUAGUAAGAUUGUUCCAGCAUUAAGUGUUAGUUAUCACUACCUUCCUUCAGAUUUAAAGCAGUGCUUUGUUUAUUGUUCAUUAUAUCCAGAGGAUUAUCAAUUUGAUAAAGAGGAAUUAAUCUUGAUAUGGAUGGCUGAAGAUCUUUUACAGCCAAUGGGGAAAAGCACAUUAGAAAAAAUUGGUCGUGUGUAUUUCCAUGAAUUAGUUGCAAGAUCAUUUUUUCAACCUUCUAGUACGAACGGUAGCUUAUUUGUAAUGCAUGAUCUCAUGCAUGACCUAGCAACAUUUUUUGCUAGCAAAUUCUAUUUCAGAGUUAAAGAAUUUGGCAACCCACACGUGAUUGAUAGCAAAACUCGUCAUUUGUCAUAUACUACAAAACCUUGGGAUCGAAUCUCAAGACUUCGAGAGGCCUGCAAUGGAGCAAGACACAUGAGAACAUUUCUGCAUUUUCAUUUGCUUCACAGUCAUCAAUCAAUUGAUAUAGAAAGCGAUUCUUGGCUCUUGCUACUACAGUUGAAGUGUUUAAGAGUUUUGUCAUUUAAAUGCUUCCCCAUCAAAUCAUUGCCCGAUUCAAUUGGUGAAUUGAUUCAUUUACGAUACUUGGAUCUCUCGUUUACACCUAUUGUGAUAUUACCUGAGUCAUUGUGUAACUUGUACAAUCUACAAACGUUGAAAUUGAAGAAUUGUCAUCAGUUGGAGAUGCUUCCUUGCCGCAUGCAUGAUCUUGUGAACUUGCGCCAUCUUGACAUCGAAGGAGCUUCUCGUUUGAAAGAGAUGCCGAAAGGAAUGGGAAAAUUAAAGCAUUUGAAUUUAUUAGAACGCUAUAUUGUUGGUGAGCAUGAAGAGAAUGGAAUUAAAGAAUUGGCAACACUCAACAAUCUUCAAGGGUCACUUUGCAUUGUCAAUUUAGAGAAUGUUACCAAUAGUGGUGAAGCUUUUGAGGCAAAGAUGGGCAGAAAGGAGCACAUAACAAUUUUAGAGUUGAAAUGGCUUCCAAAUGGUGAUAUUGUUGGUUUUCAAUCUGAAAGAGGUAUACUUGAAAAAUUACAACCUCACAGAGACUUGAAACUGCUAUCAAUUAUGGGUUACAGGGGUGAAAUAUUCCCAGAGUGGUUAGGGAAUUCCUCCUACAGCAAUAUGAUGAAACUGAGCCUCAGUCAUUGUAAAAAUUGUAAUGAGCUUCCUUCAUUUGGACAGUUACCGAAUUUGCAGCAUCUGGAGAUUUUUGAACUUGAUAGGUUGGAGCAAAUUGGUUAUGAGUUUUACAAGAAUGAUGAAUCAUUACUGAAGACACCCUUCAAAUCUCUCGAAAGUCUGACAUUUAAGAGUAUGCCUUGUUGGAGGGAGUGGCAUUUUCCUGAUGAGUUCAAUGGUUUUCCUCAGCUUAAAAGUCUUUCAAUAAUAGACUGUCCAGUGUUAACAGGAGAUUUGCCCAAUCACCUUCCGUCUCUGGAACAACUUACCGUUUUGGAAUGUGAAGAGCUUGCAUGUUCACUGCCGAGAGGUCCCAAGCUUCACCAAUUACAUGUAGUGGGUGUGACUGGUAUGAUAACAAAUGUAGCAUCGGAAUGGAUUGUAAUUGAAGGAACCCAGCUGGCAGAGUCCAUAUUGGAGUGCCUGUCCUGCACCGAAGCACCUUGUCUCCAAUCUUUAGCCAUCGGAGGGUGUUCGACAGACAUAUCAAUUUCAGGGGAUUAUUUGCCUGCUUCAUUACAACAACUGGAAAUCUGGGAUUGUAAAAAAUUAACAUUCUCAGGGCUACUACAACACAAGUUACUAAUGGAGAUAUAUGUGUACAAUUGUGAUUCCCUGAUGUUGUUCCCAUUAGGGUCCCUUCCAAAUCUCAGGAGACUCACGAUCGAUUCAUGUAGAAACAUGGAACGUGUUCUGGUGCCACAACAUAGUGAUGAUGCUCUCCCAAGUCUCCUUUAUUUAGAGAUCAAAUACUGCCCCCGUUUAGUAUCCUUGUCCACACUAGGCUUGGCUGCGCCCCACCUAGAGGAACUGCAUAUAGAAUUCUGCCCAAAAAUCAAAUCUUUUCCUGAGGGGUCCCUCCCGCAAAGUUUGGCAAGUCUUUGGAUCAAUGGCUGCCCGAAAUUCGCAUAGCAUCGAAGGCUUUACACGGUCAAGGCCUUACCAGCCUUUUCCUCAUAUCAUGGAGUGAGGUUAGGCCCU